AUGGCCGCGGACGGCGGGGACACAAAGUCGACGCUGAAGAGGUGCCUGGAUGUGCUCAGAGACGCGAGAAACGACAGCGAGCAGUUCGCGGCCCUGCUGCUGGUGACCAAAGCAGUCAGAGCUGGAGAGGUUGAUGCCAAGACUCGGCGCCAGAUCUUUGAUGCCAUCGGAUUCACCUUUCCCAGCCGCCUGCUCACCUCCAGGCAGCCCCCAGCAGGCUGCCCUGAGCACACCUUCCAGGCACUGGGCCUCACUCUGCUGGCAUGUUUCUGCACUGAUCCAGAGCUAGCUGGGCACUCCCAGAUCCUCAACAAAAUCCCAACCUUCAAUGACAUUCUGCUUUCCCCCUGCACUCCAGACAGCAGGUCCAUGGUCGAUGAUGUGUACCAGUGCUUGAGUGCUGUCAUGGCUACUGCCAGGGGCCCCAAAGAGCUGGUGACCAAAGGGACAGUAUCUGCCCUGUGCCAGGCCUAUGUGAGCUGCAGUUAUGGCUCUGAGCGUGCUUUGGCACUGCUCUUGGGGCUGUUGGCCAUAGCAGAGGCAAAGUGCUGGCAGAGAGACACUCCCCACCUCCUGGCUGUGCUGAGCAAGCUCUCCAGUGAUUUUCUCAAGAGUGAAGACAUGACCAAAUUCGAGCUGUGCGAGGUUCUGCCUCACUUCAUCCCCCUGUCACCACCCCUCACACAGGACUCCCAGGGCUCUGAGUGCCUCCACAGACUCUACACAGGGCUGGCUGCCAUCCUGGGCAGUAAACUCAGCCAGGCGCAGCGGGACCCUGCUUUGAAGCUUGCUGCCUGCCUCGUACAGGCCUGUGGUUCAGAGUGGAUCCCAGCAGAGAGUGCUGGAAGCAAGUUCCUGGCCUUGCUGGUGAACCUAGCUUGUGUAGAGGUCCGCCUGACCCUGGAGGAGCCAGAUCCCAUGGAGGUGGAGGGGAAAAAACAAGUUGUAACAGCCUGCUAUGUCUUGAUGGAGAUGGGGAUCCAGGAGUGCCUGAGAGAAGAGAAACCACUGCUGGAAGAGGUGCAGAAAAUGCAGCUCAUGAGGAUCAUGGAGGAGGCAUUUGGAGCUGUAAUAUUCUACUUGAAACAGGUUAAACAGGAGCAGUUACAAGAUCCUUUCAUAUUUGCUUCUGUUCGAAUCCUUGGAGCCUGGAUGGCAGAAGAGACAUCCUCCCUCAAGCAGGAGAUCUGUGAGCUCCUGCCUUUCCUUGUUCAUUAUGCCAAGAAGCUUUUCAAAGAGGGCAGCUCAGCUCCAAGUCUUCCUCAGCCAGAUGUGGACAGCACCGAGGGCUCUGGCUUGCCCCAGGACGCUCUCAGAUUUCUGCUGCCUGGCUUUUGCCAUUUAACAGCAGAGGACAGGCCCCGGGGCAUCCUCAUCCAAGAAGGAGCACCAGCACUGCUGUGUGAGUACUUCCUGCACCAGUGGGAGGUGCUGAGCUUCCAGCCUACCUCCCUGGCUCCUCUGACAAGCACUGAAAUGAGUCUGCAGACUGCCUGUGGGAUUUUCCUUAACUUGGUGGUGACUGCACCAGACCUCAUCAGGCAAGACAAAAGCUUCUCCUCCUUGAUGGACCUGUUGCUGAAGUCUCUUCCACUGCUGCUGCCCCAGAAGGAUCACUUGGUUCUAGCAGCCAACAUUGCCACCCUGGGCCUGCUGAUGGCCAGAGUCCUUGCAGCUUCAGCAGCUCUUCAAGGAACACAGCCUGCCAGGGAGUUUUUCAGAGCUGCCAUUCGCUUCCUCUCAGAUGCCCACAGCGCCCAGGCAGACCCUGGAGGUGACAGCCUGGCCAUGGCUGUGUCCCCUGCCUACCUGAGUGCCUGGGAGGAUAUCCAGGAGCUCUGGUUCCUGGGCAUGCAGGCCCUGGCUGGCUGUGUGCCACUUCUCCCUUGGCUGCCACAAGCUGUCCUCCAGGCACAGUGGCUGGAAGACCUCUCACAGCUCCUGAGCCACGUCGCUCCUGCCUCAGUGGAUUUUGAGCUCAUUGCUGCUUUCCAGGGUGUGUUGGUUGAGCUGGCCAGAGCCAGCAAACCCUGCAGGGACAUGAUCCUGUCACACCAUGGCAGGGAGUGGGCCAACCUUUAUGGCAUGGCAGCUUUGGAGCAGUGUCUGGCUGAGCCAUGAAGGACCAGCA